UUUACAUAUAUAUAUAUAUAUAUAUAUCAGAACACUAAUGUUAACUACUAUUCCAAAUUUCCAAUUUAAUUUGUAAGCUGUCAUAUUUUCAUCCAAUCAUGCCAAUCUUUGGGGGAUCUUCCGAUUCUGAAGAUGAAAGAACAAUGCAUCAAAUGACUAAGUUCUUCAGUCGCCAACGAUCAAUUCACUCUAUAUUUGGAGGAGGCAAAUUUGCGGAUAUUUUGCUAUGGAGAGAGCCAAAAAUAGCUGCAACAUUGGCGAUGGGAGUUAGUGUCUUCUGGUUCUUGAUGGAAGUAGUGGAAUACAAUUUCAUAACCCUAAUUUGUCAUGCUUCCAUGACCUCCAUGCUUCUUUUCUUUAUUUGGUCCACUGCUUCUGAUUUUCUCAAUUGGGAAAGGCCAAUUAUACCAGAAGUGGUACUAGACGAAUCUUCUUUCAAGGAAUUAGCAAGAAGCUUUCAUGAUAGAUUCAACAGAAUGCUCUCCAAGCUUCUUGACAUUGCUUGUGGAAGAGAUCCUCCACUCUUUUUCCUAACAACAAUCUCACUUUAUAUCUUAUCCAUCAUCGGGACAUAUUUCAACUUUAUGAAUCUUUUGUUCAUAGGGUUUAUAAGCAUGCAAACGUUGCCGGUUAUGUACGAGCUGUACGAGGAUGACGUUGAUAGAGUACUGAGUAAAUUGGCCAGGAAGAUGAGGAAGCUGUACAGAAAAAUUGACUCGAACGUUCUUAGCAAGAUCCCAAGAGGAACUGUUAAAAUCAAGAAACAUACUUAAUUCUUCGCUGUUUGCAUAUUAAUUCAUGUAUAAUCAGAAUUCAUAUGUAUAUAGAAAUAUAUAAUGAAUUCUGCAAUUAUAUAUAUAUAUAU